AUGCGAGUUCUUGCCUAUGUCCUUGCACUCUGUGCUCUUGCCUGCGCACAGGAGCCUACUCGCACAACAGAGCCCAUUUCAGCAAUCACCCCCAAGACUUGGGCUCAAAAUGCUACCAGCACCCGGCCGACAGUUCCUGCUUACUCUGCUCCCCCCAUCAGCUGGACUACUAUCACCUCGGGCUCAGUAAUAUACCAAGUUGCCGUAACCCCGACGAUAGUAGGGUACUCGACGAUCACCACUGGUGGAGGUGUCAUGGUGAUCCCUAUCACUUCUGCCGUUGUGCCUAGCAUAAUCGGCAAUUCCGAGGAACCUCUUGUCCCAAGUAACACCCACAAAACCAGGACCAUUGUGCUAUCAGUUGUCUUUUCGUUUAUCGGGGCCGUCUUGUUAAUUUUAGCUGCAAUGUUCUUGAUGCGUGUCCGUGCGCAGCGCAGGAUGCGAAACAACCGGUCGUGGGCAAUUCGUCCUGGUGGAUGGAUUGACGAAUCAAAACAAAGCUACCCUAUCGACCUCGAAAUUAAUCCCAACCGAAACUCUUAUCCUUUCUCUGAGCCUCAAGUCCCUGCUCCUGCACCCUCUCACACCCGUCAGCGUUCGUUGUGA